CUCACCUUUAGAGCUUUCAAGUUCAACUUUCAAAAACAUAUUUCCACUCUCGAAAGAGCAACCGAUUGAUCAACAUGGCGGCAAUCACCAAUUAUCUUUUAGCUAAUCUGGUCGUCGUUCUCGUCCUUGCCACUAAAGGGCUGUGCGUCUGUGAUCUGAACGGCGUGACGAUUGGGACGACGAGGAGCGGGAGUACACGAGAAGGCGAGGUGCAGUGGAACGUGGAAGUGAUCAACAACUGUGCGUGCCCCAUCAGCAACCUGGUCGUUUCCUGCAAAGGAUUCGCCAGCACUCUGCCAGUAAACCCGGCUCUGUUCAAGCAGAACGGCGACAAGUGCCUUGUCAAUGGCGGAAACCCGAUUGCUCCCAAGGCCUCUGUCAAGUUCUCUUACGCUUGGCACAGUCCGACCAUUCUCAUUCCCAACAGCCUUUCCAGUUCUUGCUGAUUCGAUGCAUGUGUGAAAGUUUUGAUUAAUGGAGUAUUCAAUAAAAUUUUGGUGCAGUUUCUUCACUCUUUAAUGGAUGGAAAACUCUAGGUUCGUUAUAUUCCUGCGCUCGUUCAUUAUAAUACGAUACUAAAAGAAAGAUUUCCCAUCGUUAGUUAUGAUACGAUAAAUAUCGAGAUAUAUGAAUUUGUGCAAAAUCAUCAACCAUUUGCUUGUAAUUGAAUUUGAAGUAAAUCCGAGUCAGGUAUACCUUAGCAAAUGCUGUUGCAUGGGGUGUGAGGUUGGUUGAGGCUAAAUGGAUUUGAAGACAGAUUGUCUCUCUGAUGCAGCAGAAAUUGAAUCGAGAAGCGAAAAUUUAGCUAGCCACGAGAGGGGGUGUAUGAAGAGAUUUAACAACAAGCAAUAGAUGAGAUGGGAAAUGUCCAGCGAAAUAGGGUUUGCUCUAGUAACACUAGAUCAACCUUUCAUAAAACUGUAUUGAGAUCAUAUGCGAGAAAACACAAUAUUCAUGAAUAACUUAUACAAAAGUAUAAAAAUUUGAAAACACA